AUGAUCCACCGCGAAGUAGCCGAUGGUCUAGAGCGUCUUUGGAACGUAAGAGUAAACUGCAUAUGGGAAGCCGAUGAAAGUAGUCGCCAUGGAGAGGUUUAUAUAUUCGACCAUGUAUUUAAGCAGGAAUGUACAAAUUCAGAUGUAUAUGGAUCUGUAGUAAAACCUUUAGUCGAUUCCUUCAUGGAAGGUUUCAAUGCCACAAUAUUUGCAUAUGGCCAAACAUCUUCUGGCAAAACACACACCAUUUUGGGCAAUAAAACAGAUCCUGGGCUUUUCCAAUUAGUAUCCAAUCAGUUAUUCCAGCAUGUGGCAGACCAGGUUGAUAAGAGGUACUUGAUUAGAUGCAGUUAUAUUGAAAUCUACAAUGAAAAGAUCAAUGACCUCCUGGAUAAGAGCAAUCAGGGUUUAACUAUAAGAGAAGAUAUCAAAGGAAAUGUGCUGCUUGAUGCAAGGGAAGCUGUCGUAGACAAUGUUGAUAAAGUUAUGGAGAACAUGAUGCAGGGCAAUAAGAUCAGACGAGUUGCAGCUACUCGCAUGAAUGAGAGGUCAUCUCGAUCACACACGAUUUUCCGGAUUAUUCUGGAGUCGAAAGAUGCCAAUCAGAAAGAUGGACCUGUACAUAUAAGCUACCUUAACUUAAUGGACUUAGCUGGUUCUGAGAGAGUUUCUCUGACGAAAGCUGCUGGUGAGCGUCUUAAAGAGGGGGCUAACAUAAACAAAUCUUUGUCAGUAUUAGGAAAUGUGAUAAGGCAACUAAGCGAGGGGAAGGAGUUUCUUGGCGGUAAUGCCAAAUCAUUGAUUAUCGGGAAUCAUGUGGCAGACCAGGUUGAUAAGAGGUACUUGAUUAGAUUCAGUUAUAUUGAAAUCUACAAUGAAAAGAUCAAUGACCUCCUGGAUAAGAGCAAUCAGGGUUUAACUAUAAGAGAAGAUAUCAAACGUAAUGUGCUGCUUGAUGCAAGGGAAGCUGUCGUAGACAAUGUUGAUCAAGUUAUGGAGAACAUGAUGCAGGGCAAUAAGAUCAGACGAGUUGCAGCUACUCGCAUGAAUGAGAGGUCAUCUCGAUCACACACGAUUUUCCGGAUUAUUCUGGAGUCGAAAGAUGCCAAUCAGAAAGAUGGACCUGUACAUAUAAGCUACCUUAACUUAAUGGACUUGGCUGGUUCUGAGAGAGUUUCUCUGACGAAAGCUGCUGGUGAGCGUCUUGAAGAGGGGGCUAACAUAAACAAAUCUUUGUCAGUAUUAGGAAAUGUGAUAAGACCAAUGAUCCACCGCGAAGUAGCCGAUGGUCUAGAGCGUCUUUGGAACGUAAGUGAAAACUGCAUAUGGGAAGCCAAUGAAAGUAGUCGCCAUGGAGAGGUUUAUAUAUUCGACAAUGUAUUUAACCAGGAAUGUACAAAUUCAGAUGUAUAUGGAUCUGUAGUAAAACCUUUAGUCGAUUCCUUCAUGGAAGGUUUCAAUGCAACAAUAUUUGCAUAUGGCCAAACAUCUUCUGGCAAAACACACACCAUUUUGGGCAAUAAAACAGAUCCUGGGCUUUUCCAAUUAGUAUCCAAUCAGUUAUUCCAGCAUGUGGCAGACCAGGUUGAUAAGAGGUACUUGAUUAGAUUCAGUUAUAUUGAAAUCUACAAUGAAAAGAUCAAUGACCUCCUGGAUAAGAGCAAUCAGGGUUUAACUAUAAGAGAAGAUAUCAAAGGAAAUGUGCUGCUUGAUGCAAGGGAAGCUGUCGUAGACAAUGUUGAUCAAGUUAUGGAGAACAUGAUGCAGGGCAAUAAGAUCAGACGAGUUGCAGCUACUCGCAUGAAUGAGAGGUCAUCUCGAUCACACACGAUUUUCCGGAUUAUUCUGGAGUCGAAAGAUGCCAAUCAAAAAGAUGGACCUGUACAUAUAAGCUACCUUAACUUAAUGGACUUAGCUGGUUCUGAGAGAGUUUCUCUGACGAAAGCUGCUGGUGAGCAUCUUAAAGAGGGGGCUAACAUAAACAAAUCUUUGUCAGUAUUAGGAAAUGUGAUAAGGCAACUAAGCGAGGGGAAGGAGUUUAUCAGUUAUCGCGAUUCGAAAUUGACUAGACUGCUCUCACAGGCUCUUGGCGAUGUAUAUGGAUCUGUAGUAAAACCUUUAGUCGAUUCCUUCAUGGAAGGUUUCAAUGCCACAAUAUUUGCAUAUGGCCAAACAUCUUCUGGCAAAACACACACCAUUUUGGGCAAUAAAACAGAUCCUGGGCUUUUCCAAUUAGUAUCCAAUCAGUUAUUCCAGCAUGUGGCAGACCAGGUUGAUAAGAGGUACUUGAUUAGAUGCAGUUAUAUUGAAUCUACAAUGAAAAGAUCAAUGACCUCCUGGAUAAGAGCAAUCAGGGUUUAA